AUGAUAUUGACAAGACCAAACCCUCCACUUAAAAUCUUUAUAAUAAAGUUUUUAUUUAUAGGAUAAUCUUUAACAAGAGAUAAAGAAGGAACAAAAAAGAGUAUUAAGUUAUUGAUUACUCUACUCAGCGACCAUUACUUUGAAAUUCUGUAAAGAUCUCAAGCUAGAGUAUGAAUUAGACAUUUCGCUGAAUUAAACAAAAAUAAGUUCAUAAUAAUUCUGGCCAAAGCACAUAUAAAUUUAUAAAAUCUAUUCAAAAUUUGUAUUAAUUUAGAUAUGCACAUGAUACCAAACUAAAACUUAAAAAAAGGUGGUACAAAAAUUCAAACCAAAGAAUUAUCAGAAGAAGAAUUUAGAUAUCUAUUAGAAAUCUUAAAUGAAAUAUAUAAAUAUUUGAAAUAUAAGCUAAAUUAUUUUUGUAAAUAUGAUUUAUUAAAAGCCAAUAUUUUCCAUUAGGAUAGUCUGUUGUUUAUUUUUAUUUUUUAUUAAUUUAAAUAUGUCCGAUCAUCUAAGUGA